AAAAUUGGCUUAAAAGAAACAAAGCAAGAAACAAGACCAUGCGAAUCAAGAACACCCAACCACCCAUUUCAUAACUUGCCUCGUUGCCCCAUGUUGGAUUCCGUUCGCUAACUCCCAAACCCCUAAAUCUUAAUCAUUCCAAUGCAUUAGAUAAAAAGUUCCAAUCUUUUGCCAAAGGGUCGACGAGGAGUAACAUGAUGGGAAGCGACCCAUCUUCUACAAACGUCGAGGUCAAGGUCCAUCCGCGCCGCGACACCCCCGCCCGGAGUCCCUUACCGUCGCCGCCGAAUCCCCCCGCCGUCGACGAUCACAACUUCAGCCUCUUUAGGCGCUGGUUCCCCUGGCUCGUACCCACGUUCGUGGUGGCCAACAUUGUCGUCUUCAUCGUCACCAUGUACAUAAACGAUUGCCCUAAGCAUUCCUUCACUGGUAGCUCUUCAUGCGUUGCCUCUUUCCUUGGAAGAUUCUCUUUUCAGCCUCUUAAAGAGAACCCUCUCUUAGGCCCUUCUUCCACCACAUUAGGGAAGAUGGGUGCUCUUGAAGUGGAUAAAGUGGUUCAUAAACACCAGGUCUGGCGCCUCUUCUCUUGUAUAUGGUUGCAUGGUGGGGUUGUUCACGUGUUCGCCAACAUGUUAAGUCUUGUUUUUAUUGGAAUUCGCCUUGAACAAGAAUUUGGAUUUGUUAGGAUUGGAUUUCUGUAUGUGAUAUCUGGUUUUGGAGGGAGUUUGCUGUCUGCUCUGUUCAUACCAGAAGGCAUCUCUGUUGGUGCUUCUGGUGCAUUAUUUGGUUUACUAGGGGGCAUGCUAUCAGAGCUGUUGAUAAAUUGGACAAUAUAUGCUAACAAGUUGGCAGCUUUAUUGACUCUCAUAGUCAUCGUUGUAAUCAAUUUAGCUGUUGGAAUUCUUCCACAUGUGGACAAUUUUGCUCAUAUUGGAGGAUUUUUCUCUGGCUUUCUUCUUGGGUUUAUCUUUUUGAUUCGCCCCCAGUUCAAAUGGGUUAGUAGUAGACACAGACGCAGGAAUUCUAGCUUUGGACAUGCUGGACCUCCAGUGAGAUACAAGCACAAACCUUAUCAGUAUGUACUGUGGCUCAUAUCCUUCGUACUACUUAUUGCUGGGCUUGUUACUGGGCUGGUUUUGCUUCUUCGAAGUGUUAACUUGAAUGACCACUGCUCAUGGUGUCAUUACUUAAGCUGUGUCCCUACCUCAAAAUGGAGCUGCAAAACACAACAAUUUUAUUGUGAGUCAACCCAGAUGGGAAACCAGCUUAACAUAACAUGCUUGAGCAAUGGGAAAAGUAACAUUUUUCCUCUUUCAAAUGCUACCUCGACGGAUGCUCAACAACAGAUAUGUUCUCAACUUUGCAAUUCAUAGAUCACUCGUGCCAAAGUGACAUUUCUUAAAGCAAAUGGCUUCAGCAACUUGUGUAUAUGAUCAUACUUACAGAUACAGAGAAAUUAUGACCGCCAUCACUAGUAUAUUCUUGCCACUGCUUUUCCAUCUUAGAAUGUGCUAGUAUUCUUUUGUAACAGAAGGAGAGGAAGUUAUAUUUUAUUAAAGUAGCAAAAAUACUUCUCAGAUGUAGUAAAUGUUGUCAAAUGGAUUGAUUGUAGAAAAAAAAAUGCAUAAUUUAGAUUUAGGUUUGGCUUUUGUUUCA